AGAUAUUUCCACUCAGCCUCGAAGCUCUCGCUCUACUUCACGAUUGCUUGGACUUUCGAAAGAGUUAUGGGUAAGCGAGGGUGCGGUGUUAUGGUCAAUUAAGUGGGAGGAGAACCCUAGGUCUCGAGUUCGGCAAAAAGUACUGGUUGGAAAGAAUCUUGAGAUAUUCUACUCAGACAGGAUGAGGCCUAUUUUCUGUGGGAAUGUUGAGUAUAACGCCAGACAGUCAGAGUUGGAGAGGCUUUUCAGAAGAUAUGGGAAAGUGGAUAGGGUGGAUAUGAAAUCCGGUUUUGCUUUUGUGUACAUGGAUGAUGAAAGAGAUGCGGAGGAUGCUAUUCGUGGACUUGACCGUAUAGAGUUUGGCAGAAAGGGACGCAGACUUCGCAUUGAGUGGUCAAAGGAAGAGCGUAACAGUAGGAGGCCAGAGACUUCAAGGAAAUCUUCAUCUAGUGUCAAACCUUCGAAGACUUUGUUUGUAAUAAAUUUUGAUCCAUAUAGUACUAGGAGCAGGGAUAUAGAGAGGCACUUUGAUCCAUAUGGAAAAAUACUCAAUAUAAGGAUUAGAAGGAAUUUUGCAUUUGUUCAAUAUGAAACUCAGGAGGAUGCUACUAGAGCCUUGGAUGCUACAAACAUGAGUAAACUGAUGGAUCAAGUCAUUACAGUUGAAUAUGCAAAUAAAGAUGAUGAUGACAGGAGAAAUGGGUUUAGCCCUGAUAGAAACCGCGAUAGGGGUCUUAAGAGAGGUUAUGACCGAGGCCGAUCUCGGAGUCCUUAUGGAAGAGAGAGGGGGAGUCCUGAUUAUGGUCGUGGACGGGCCCGUAGCCCAAGUCCAAUCCGUCAAGGUAGGUCAAGCCCUGAUUAUGGCCGUCGCCCUAGUCCAAAUCCCAAUCAUAGGGAAAGGGAUUUUGGGUAUGCCAGUGGCCGUAGUCCAAACAUGAGAAAGGAGAGGAACCCUGAUCAUGGAAAUGGCCAUAGUCCAAACCCUCGAAGGCUGAGAGAUGGUUCUGAAAAUGGUCAGGUGAACAGUCCACCAGAGGAAGGACUUUUGGAAUCUGGCCCUAGUCCCCCGAGGGUAGGGAGGAGAGGGAAAUAUAGCCCAGAUGGUUAUCGUGGCCGCAGCCCAAGGUCUAAACCUGAAGAAAUAGAUAGUCCUGGAUAUGCUGCAGCAGAAAGUCCUCUUCCAGAACGACACAGGAGCCUUUCACCUCCAACUCGAGAAAGAUCCCGCUCCUAAUUUGCUCGGUAUCAGCCUCUGACCUUAAGUCAUAUUUGGCGGGGAUGGUCACAUUGCAAGUGGGCGCUGUAGAAGUAUGCUUUAAGUUGCUGGAGCUUCAAAAUUCCAAUGACUCUGUUUUUGCUAUCAUAUGUUCAAAAUUCCAGUCACUCUAGUAUGGGCUUUUUGACAAUUUGUUCUUUAAAUAGACUUGCUACUGUGUAGUAGGUGAUUCUGUUUUAAAGCUGAAAACUCCUUGGUAAGACUUGGUUGAGUCGGGCUGAUGAACUAUCUUGAAUACCAUAUUCUCAGAAGUUGUACUGAUGAUGAUGGGUUAUUGGCACUUUUGCCCUUA